GUAGUAACAACACAAAGGAAAGAACAGGGAGGAUGUAUUGGUUGUUAGGAAAACGCAGAGUACCGGUUGAAAAUGACAUCCUCUAUUAAUAAGAUCUGAAUGUUUCCUAGAAAGUGUCUUGACGGAGAACCUGAGCUGGACAAAGCAGCCUUGAUCUGAGUGAGCUAACUGGCACCAUGAAAUUAUCAGGUGUCUUUCUGCUCCUCUCUCUGGCUCUUUUCUGCUUCUUCUCAGGUGUCUUCAGUCAAGGAGGACAGGUCGACUGUGGUGAGUUCCAGGAUCCGAAAGUCUACUGCACACGGGAAUCUAACCCCCACUGUGGCUCUGAUGGGCAGACAUAUGGCAACAAAUGUUCCUUCUGUAAGGCAGUGGUGAAAAGCAGUGGGAAGAUUAACCUAAAGCACCAUGGAAAAUGCUGA